AUGGAAAAUGUCGAGUAUUUUCACGAGAAGCUUCUCCUGCCCGACGAGGAGUUCGCGCUCCUAGAAGCGGCAGUGGCGGCCGCGGAGCGGGAAGCGGCUGCGCGGAGAGCUGCGCGGGCGGGUAGCUCCGCGGAGAUAGUGGUGGAACAUCCGCGGGUGGACAGGUCGGCGGAGGCCGGGAGGGAAUCCGCGCACACGCGGAACGAUGCGUGUGGGCGCGGGGACAGGAUCGAGUCUGCGGGAAGCAGCGCGGAGGCGUCGUCGCGGCAGCUGGUGUUUUCAGAGUCAACUCAUAAGUCGCUUUACGCAUGGAUGCGACCAGAGACGCUUUUUGAGGCGCCUCGACAUCCCGACGCGCCUUUUCAGGCUCCUCAAAUGGCGGAGCCUGUGACAAGGAGGUCCCUUUUUCCGGACAUUGAGGACGUGUCGAGUCUCGAUGCGCUGCCAGCGGAAUGGACACGUGGCGUUGCUGGAGGCGCAGGCGCUGAUGGGUGUUCGAGGGAGCGCGAGGAAGGAAUGGAGGCUUGGGGAAUGAGUACAGAGGCUUGGGUAACGGGUUCAGAGGAGAGGGGAACGAAAGAAGAGGGGCGGGAAGCUAAGGAAGGGGCGCUGGAGGAGUGGUGUGAGCAGCGGGUGCUGUUCUCUCUCGCCUGCGGCAAACCCCCGCCAACAGCAGCGAUGAGGGCGGGCGCGGAGAGGCACGCAGCGUUGGAGCGGGAGGUGGUGGAAGCAGUAGAGGUGGCCGUGGCAGCCAGGGAGGACGCGUGGGCGCUCAGACUGCUGGGGGCGGCUGCUAGAGUCCUGGCCCUGGGGGAGGGUAUGAGGGAGGCGAUGGGGGUUGCCAUGGGGAGGGAGGAUGGAGGAGUGGGGCCCUUUGGUGGUGAUGCUGCCGGCAUAACGCGAGAACCGCCCUCCCCCCUCCUUCUUUCUCAUCCCCUUUCUCCCGGGUGCAGGCUGCAGCUCAUGUGCUACAGUGCGCUGCUGAGCAGCAUGAUUCGGCACGGCGUGCCUCAGGAGCCAUUCUUCUCCUCCUUCCGCCUCCGCCCCCGCACCACCCUCUCUCCCCAAGUCCUCCAACAUGCUGCUGAGGUCUUUCCACGGAGAAUGAUCACUUGCCUUGCUGACGUCACGGCCGCAGUCUCUCACGCCUUCCAGUCACUGCAGCCGCUGCACUCCACCCUCCUUCUACGGUACGAGUGGCAGGCGGAUGGCUCACUCAUUCACGAGGACCACUUCCCCUACGAUCCCCCCUGGCUGCAAGCUAGCAUCUCCACGAGCCUCGAGUUCUGGCUUGGGCGCCGCCAACCCUUCACCGUGCCUCGUGAAGAGGCUUGGAAAUGCUCCUGGUGCUCGUUUGCUCCAGUUUGUCGCCCGGAUUUGAGGUGGAAGGGACAAGCAGGAAAUGGAGCACGUGGCUAG